AUGGCAUCGGCUAUUGUGAGAUCUGGCCUCCGCUCCGCCAUCCGCGGCGGCGUAUCUGCACCACGCGCCUUCCCCGCUUCUAAACGGACCUUCGCUUCCCAUGGUCUUCACGAUGAAGCUGCCGAGGCUUCGAAGUGGGAGAAAAUAACAUAUCUAGGUAUAGCAACUUGCACUAUUCUUGCAGUCGUUAACCUUUCCAAGGGUCAUCCUCAAAAAAUAACAUAUCUAGGUAUAGCAACUUGCACUAUUCUUGCAGUCGUUAACCUUUCCAUGGGUCAUCCUCUCCAUGAAGAGCCUCCUUCAUACCCAUACUUGCACAUCCGUAACAAGGAGUUCCCCUGGGGUCCAGAUGGUCUUUUCGAGGUGAAGGAACAUCACUGA